UGCAAAACUGAAUUAACAACCGCCUUCUCCAAUCAUCUCAGCCGCCGCCCAACAAUGGGGAAGAGCAACGAUUCUAUUGACAGAAGAAAGAACAAAAAGAUCAGAAGGAAGCAAGACGAAUCUUCCAAAGUUUCCAAUCGAAUCGCCUCCAUCAUCGCCGCCAAGAAGCGCCGCUUGACCGGCAAACGCCGCAAGUGUCAGGGCAUGUGUUUCAGCCUACCUACGCCUGAGGACCCCUUCAAUGACAAAAGUGGUAAAUCAGAUCCUGUGAAGAACAAAAAGCGGGCAGGUUCCAAGAAAGAAAAGAGGGUUGACAAGAAAAAGCUAGCUCCAAAUAAAAGGCCAACUGAUGUAAUUCAUGCAAACAUGAAUCAAGAAUGCAAAAUAAUGCAAGUUGAUAAUUUACAGACUGCACAUACAAUAAUUGAAAAGGCUGAAGGGGACAGUUUUGAGAACUAUGCAGACUGUCCAUCAAAGUUCUUGCUGUUAUGCUUGAACACUAUUCAGAAUGCUAUGCUACAUGAUGGAGCCUCCAAUGAUAAGGGUGGCAAGCCAUUUUUUGCCUAUUCAUGGGGGAUUGAAUUUUGGAAGCGUUAUUCAAGUGGAAAAGAUAUCUUAGAUACAAGUCAAGCCCAUUCUUCUAUUGAGCAAAUUGCUUGGAUUGCAUCAACUGCUGCUGAUACUAUAGCAAAAAAGGAGAAAGAAGGACUAUCAUUGACAAACCCCUUCCUUCUGUAUCUUGUUCCCUCUCAAGAGAAAGCUGUUAAGGUACGCCAAAUUUGCAAGCCCUUGAAAACACUUGGAAUUCAUACAAUCAGUUUGCACCCAGGUGCUUCCAUGGAUCAUCAAAUUCAGGGGCUGAAGAGUUGUGAACCAGAGUUUGUUAUUGCCACACCUGAGAGACUUCAAGAGCUUGUCUCAUGUAACGCUAUCAAUAUCUCUGGGGUUUCUCUACUGGUUGUUGAUGGACCGUCUUAUGAAAUUGGAAGCAUCGACGCAAUUAAAACCAUUCGACAGAUCAUUUGUGGGAGUUUACAAACAGUGGUUUUCAGUGACUGCUCAAGUAAUCCUUAUAUUUCAGUUUUACAGAAGCUUAUUCAGGGUUCAUUCUGCAGAAUCCCCCUCGAGUCCUUGACACAUGAAAGAUGAAGUUCUCAUUUUUGUGUAUAUAUAGCCUUUCCAACACUAGUGCUCCAUUGAGGACUAUGAAGACUUGCCAGAACUCCAGAAGUGUUGUUUUCCAUGACCUUCCAAAAUGUUAUAAUCAUUGUUAUUAAGUGAUUAAUUAAUUCAUUAAACUCAUUUAAGUGUUCUUUUUUGGGUGGUGAAGUAAUUAAUCAACAGAAUGUACUAAAGGGAAAAGAUUAAUCUUGCUUUUAAGUGGAAAGAUAGGCAUCUCUUUCUUCAUA